AUGGCUUCCCGUUCUCUUCUACUUGUUUCCGCAUUGGCGACAGCCGCUCUUGGUGAUGUCCUGGACCUGGAUAUUAAGGUCCGAAAUGGAUACAGAACCGUGGAGGUAGACCUCGGAACCCCAGGCGGCCCCUUUGAUCUGCUGUACGACACCGGAUCAUCCUCUCUGUGGGUGCUGGACGGCGAUUGUACAACGGAGUGUGAGAACGUGAGCGGCUAUUCCCGACACAAAUAUAAUCUCACCUCGACCGGCGUGAACCUGAUGGCGAACGACACCAAUGACUACAGCGGAGGCACCAUCACCGGCUUCGCUGCCUCGGAUAUCCUCACAGUUCCCAACACUAACGCGUCCUAUCGGCAAAGCUUCGCCGUCAUCACCGACAGUACCUGGGCGGAUUUGGCAGCCGAUGGAUUCAUUGGCAUGGCAUCCAGCUCCAUCGCAUUCAAGAACACUACCACCUCCUUCGAGCAGAUGUUGCAGGAUGGACUGUUGGACGAGCCACGGUUUGGCAUCUACCAAGGGACCGGAGUAUCUACAAUGGACGAACCCAAUCCCGAGAAUAACGGUGUCCUGACCUUCGGUGGCAGCCACGAGGACAAGUAUGCGGACGGUGAGCUGCAGUGGAUUGAGAUGCUGUCCCCAUUUGAGAUCUACAAGACACCUCUCCAGGGUAUCCAGGGACACAAUACCUCCAAUGGUCAGAACUACUCUAGUGAUCUCUUGAACUGGUACGGCGAUGUUAUUUUCGAUACUGGCGCCGGAACUAUCAACAUUCCUGAGGACCAAAUCGAGGCUGUGUAUGCCGUGACCCCAUUCUCAUAUGCCAAGAUCUCCUCCGGAUACCGCCCUCUGUGCUCUGAGUUCAACGAGACAUGGUCCGUCUCGUUCACUCUUGGAUUUUACGGCGAUGGAGUGACAUUCAACCUGACUGGCGACCAGCUGGCUGUUCCGGGCUACCAGGACGAUGACCACUGCUUCCCUCCUUUCAUUUCCUGGAGCAGUCCCAAUACCCUCAUUGGGCAGUACUGGUUGAGCAAUUUCUACUCUGUCUUCGACUGGGGAUCUUUUGAGCAGGAGUCGUACAAUAUCCGUAUCGGCCUGGCACCUCUGAAGAAGGAAUAUCUGCCGAAAUUUUAG